CGGCUCCCCGCUCCUUGCUGCCCGCACAGCCGGGGCCGGAGCGCCGGGGCGGGGCGGGGGCCGGGGCCGGGGCCGGUGGCGGUGCCGGUACCGGAGCUGUCCAGUGCUGAGGGCGCCGGCCCGGCCCCGCCAUGCCCCGUUCCUUCCUGGUGAAGAAGCUGAAGGCGGAGGCGUUCCCGGCUACCGGGGCCCCCGCACCCCCUUACACCCCACUGGAACCCCCCUACGCGCUGCCCGGCCCCGCCACCGGCGAUGGGUACCUCCAGCACUGCCUGGCACCCGCCGGCUACGACACCGACAAGAAGCAGGGUCUGCCACCGCCGCCGCCGGACCCGGCCUACGCACCGGGCCACGAGGAGUACAGCGACCCCGAGAGCCCCCAGUCCAGCUUUUCUGCGCGCUACUUCAACGGGGAGGCGGCGGUGACGGACAGCUACUCCAUGGAUGCCUUCUUCAUCACGGACGGGCGGUCGCGCCGGCGCAGCGAGAGCCAACGCCGCGGCGGCAGCCACCGCCACUCCUGCCCCGAGUGCGGCAAGACCUACGCCACCUCUUCCAACCUCAGCCGGCACAAGCAGACCCACCGCAGCCUGGACAGCAAGAUGGCAAGGAAAUGCCCCACGUGUGGCAAGGCUUACGUCUCCAUGCCCGCCCUGGCCAUGCACGUCCUCACCCACAACCUCAAGCACAAGUGCGACGUGUGCGGCAAAGCCUUCAGCCGGCCCUGGCUGCUGCAGGGCCACAUGCGCUCGCACACCGGGGAGAAGCCCUUCGGCUGCUCCCACUGCGGGAAAGCCUUCGCCGACCGCUCCAACCUGCGCGCCCACAUGCAGACCCACUCCGCCUUCAAGCACUACAAGUGCAAGCAGUGCGAGAAGACCUUCGCCCUCAAGUCGUACCUCAACAAGCACUACGAGUCCGCCUGCUUCAAGGGCUCCGAACACAGCUGUGCAAUAGGGAACUAGCCCCCCACAGCCCCCUGUGGCACACCCCCGGCCCCUGCCCUUUUAUCACCCCUAUUGCCAUCCCUGUCUCCAUCCCCGUUCUUCUCCCUAUCCCCAUUCCCACCCCCAUUCCUAUUCUUAUCUCCUUCUUCCCCAACUCCAUCCCCAUUCCUAUCUCCAACCGACAUCCCUGUCCCCAUUCCCACCCCAUCUCCAACCCCAUCCUCAUCCCUGUCCCCAUCUUCGUCCCCAUCCCCGUCGCUGUCCCCAGCCCUUCCUCAUUCCCAUCCUUAUCCCAGUUCCAGUCUCCAGCUCGGUCCCGGUCCCCGUGCCAGCACUCUCGCAGCUGCAGCCGGCCGUGCGUUGUGGCUGUGCCGUAGCUAGCGGCCACGCACCCCCACCCCCCGCCCCAGACUCACCCCUAGCUCUCCUUGGGAAGGGCUGGAUCCAGCUGGGUCCGCAGCAGGACCCAGUUCCUUGCCCACAGGUCCCUGAGCCCCCUCGCAGCCAGGCAGGUCUCUCUGCGGGGGUCUCACCCGGGGACCUCUUCCAGACCCAGGAGGGACUUUCCUUGCCCAGCUCGUGACGUUCACCUCCUCUAUUUAUUUAAUUUAUUACUAUUAUUUAUUUAGAGCUGCUGCUUCUCCCCCCGGGGGAUCCCGAGGGAGAAAAGACACUUUUCUGCUCCCCCUCAGGAGCAAAACCUCACCUUGACCUUGACACUGAUGGGACCAUGGGCUGGGUGCUCCUGCCAGCUCGGCGGGACUGACGGACGGGACGGCUGUCAGGAGGCUGUCAGACACCCCUGGAGGCUGGGCUUCUUGCAGCCCACCACCCUGGGGCACCCUGAAGCCCCCUUACCCAGCACAGUCCCAUGGGACAUAGCCCCAUGGCACCGUGCUCACCCUGGCACUGCAUCUCUGCAGCCCCGGUGUCAGGGAAAGAGAGAGGGGUGCCCGGCUGCGACCCAUAGGACACGUGUGUCCCCGUGGCACCCAGCUUGCCCGGGCAUACCUGGCCCCCGCCACGGCUAUGGGCUGGGGAACAGCUCCCUCCGGGCAGGUGCAGCCCCCCUCGCCGUGCAUACGGCCAGGCUGGCAGCUGGGCUGGAGACCCAGCCUCGUGGAAGCACCUGAACCCCUAAAUGCGCCCCCAGCCUCUGCCCAGAGCCCUGCCCAGCCCCCUCCCCAUCACCCCCACCCCCCAGCCCGCCUGCGCUCAGGAGGAGGGGCUCAGCGUAGCCGUAAAGUUUAGGUGAGUCUAUUUAAAUGUUCUUAUUUAUAUUAUUUAUAACUUCUGCUUUUCACUAUUUAUUUGCCAAGACUGGCAGGGCCGUGCCAGCGCUGGCUUGCAGGAGGUGGCAGAGCCGCAGCAGAGCCGCCGUGCCCGGGACGCAGCCACGGUGACACGGACGGGGACAGGACCCCGAGAGCGGACCGUGUGGUGGGCACGGAGGCAGGAGGGCAUGAGCUGGCACCUUUAUAAGCCCUCCCCAAAAGGCAAAGCCUUUCUCAUUCGUCUUCCUCGCCGCCGCAGGUUUCUGCUGUGCCCCCUCCCCGCCCCGUGCCAGCCCGGUGGGGACAAACCAGCCGUUCUAUGCAACCUCCCUGCGGAGCAUCCCCGCACCGGCCCCCGAGCGAGCGGCAUUCCCGGAGCGGGGCCCGACCCGCGCCUCCGCUUCCUACCUCGGGCCACCAGCUGUCACGGCCCCAUCACCCCGUGCCAGUCCCCGACACCCUCGGGCUCCAGCCUGGCACCCUACGGGGCCGCACUCGCGUACCCCACACGUCUUCCUGCGCUGUCUUCCUCCCUGCACCGUCUUCCUCCCGCCGCCUCGGUGCCCAUGUUGCCGUGGCUUGCGGUCUCGAUGCCUCCCGGGGACGUCCCUGGCACCACCUUCCUCCUGCUGCCCCGAUGCCCACGUUGCCACAGACACAGCUCAUGGGCUUGUCAUCUCCCGGGGACAUCUCCGGCACUGUCUUCCUCUUGGUGCCCAUCUUGCCAUGGCUCGUGGGAUUGAAGCCUCAUAGGGCAUCCCUGGCACCAUCUUCCACCCACCGCUUUGGUGCCCACAUUGCCAUACCCACAGCUCAGCACUUGCCAGGGACACCCAUGGCACUGUCUUCCUCUCCAUGUUUGUGCCACCAACACCCAUGGGCUUCAUGCCUCUUGAAGACGUCCCUGGCACAAUCUUCCUUCCAUCAUCCUAUUGCCCAUGUUGCCAUGUCUCAUGGGCUUAACGUUCUCCCGGGGACAUUCCUGGCACUGUCUUCCUCUUGGUGCCAGUUCUGCCAUGGCUCACAUGUUCAGUCCCUCCCAGGGAUGUCCCCGGCACCAUCAUCCUCCCAGCGCCUCGGUGCCUGCAUUACCAUAGCUCACAGGCGUGACACCUCCCGGUGACAUCCCUGUCACAGUCCUCUCUGCCAUGGCACCGUGCCCACGCACCCACACUCUACGCAGGGUAAAAAGCAUUAACCCCCCAGCCCCACGCCCCUCCCAGCCACCACGCAGGUAGCCACCAGCGAGGACGCAGCAGUUGAGGCUCUCCGCGCCGUGCCGGCAGCACCGGCAGCACCGCGUCCCUCGGCCGGGCGGGCACAGAGCGGGCACCACGCCUCUGCCCCUGCCCCUACUGUAAAUAGCAGAUACUACAGCAAUAAUUUUCCGUGCAUGAUAGAUUUUUUUCUGCCAGGUUUUGUACUCUGCCAGGUUUUGUACCAGUCAGACCAGACAAGUCUGCUGGGGACCCGGCUGCCCGCAGUAUUACUUGUAACGCGAUUCAGGGAUAUAAAAGGGAUUUCUGCCACUAA